AAAUCUAAACGCCUCCGGCCCGGUCUUCGAAUAUGUUUACUCGAGUCCUCUAGACUUUUGACUCGAUUAUUCCUCCUCCAUUCACAUUGUCAAACUUGGAUCUGAACUACUCCUCCUAAUCCACAGCUCAGUCCGCCUCGAGUGGCUCGAGGAGAAAUUAUUUUCGCGCCGAUAACCAUCAUGGCUACCAAAUCAGUGUCUCCCUUGGCGGUCCGGAGAUCCGUCUCUCCCUUGGUGCUUCGCCGGGCUCUUUCUUCUACAUCUUCACCUUCGUUUUCUACGAGAUCGCUGCAGGCGGCGACGACAGCUGGAAAAUCGACGGAUAAUGUUAUUUUCAAUUCAAGUGGCGCGCGUCGUUCUGCGCUGGCUGGACGAUGCUCUACCUAUGCAUCUCGAUUGCAAAGAUUUUCGACAACAGCAAGGACGAAGCUUGCCGCCGAAGACGAAUCAUUUGACUAUAGGCAACUGGAACGCGAAAGUGAUCAGGUUGAUGUCUGCAUUGUCGGCGGAGGGCCUGCCGGUCUCAGCGCUGCGAUCCGUCUGAAGCAACUCGCAAACGAAGCGGGCAACGAAGAAUUCCGCGUACUUGUUCUUGAGAAGGCCGGCGAGAUUGGCGACCACAUCGUAUCUGGAAACGUGAUAGAACCUUCAGCAGUCAAUGAGCUGUUACCCGAUUGGAACUCCCCGGAGAAUGAGAACCGUUUUACUGAGGCAACUCCAGUAUCCGAGGACAAGUUGAGGUUCCUUACCAAGACCAUGUCUUCAUGGAUCCCGUCGCCGCCGCAGAUGAAGAACCAUGGUAAUUUUAUCAUCAGUCUGAAUCAAUUCACAAAGUGGCUUGGAGAAAGGGCGGAGGAGCUGGGUGUCGAAGUCUACCCCGGAUUCGCGGCUUCGGAGGUGCUAUAUGAACCCGACGGCUCCGUAAAGGGUGUUGCCACCAAUGACAUGGGUGUUUCGAGGGAAGGAAAGCCCAAGGACAACUUUGAGCGGGGAAUGGAGUUCCACGCUCGGGUCACAUUUUUCGCCGAAGGCUGCCAUGGAAGUCUUUCCAAGCAGGUUAUUAAAAAGUUUGACCUGCGCCGGGAUAGCGAGCCGCAAACGUACGGUCUUGGAAUUAAGGAGGUUUGGGAAGUGCAGCCGGAAAAGCAUCAAAAAGGUCUGGUUGUCCAUACCAUGGGUUAUCCGCUGCCCUCCGACACCUACGGAGGCGGUUGGAUGUAUCACUUUGGCGACAAUCUCGUCAGCCUUGGUCUCGUCGUUGGACUCGACUAUCCCAACCCAUGGCUCGCCCCGUACGGUGAAUUCCAGAAGAUGAAGCACCACCCGUUCUAUACCUCUGUUCUUGAAGGCGGCAAGUGCAUCUCGUAUGGUGCCAGGGCUCUGAACGAGGGAGGAUUCCAAUCCAUUCCCAAGUGCGCCUUCCCUGGAGGAGCUCUUAUUGGCGACACUGCUGGCUUCUUGAACGUGCCAAAGAUUAAAGGAACGCACAGCGCCAUGCGAUCGGGCAUGCUUGCCGCCGAGGCCGCUUAUUCCGCGCUGACGAACACGGACGCUGGCACUGUCUUCCUCUUUGACUACGAAGAGAAGCUGCGAAACUCAUCCAUCUGGAAGGAACUCAAGGAGGUUCGCAACAUUCGCCCGUCGUUCCAUUCUCCGCUCGGCCUUUGGGGCGGCAUGGCUUACUCUGGUCUUGAUUCACUCGUCCUCAAGGGCCGAGUGCCGUGGACGUUUAAGCACGGCAGUGGAGACUACGCCGCUACGAAACUGGCCGAUCAGUGCCAGAAGAUUGAGUAUCCCAAGCCAGACGGAAAGAUCAGCUUCGACAUCCUCACCAGCGUUAGCCGGACGGGCACGAACCACAUGGAAGACCAGCCCGUACACUUGCAAGUGAAGGACUGGGACAAGCACGCCGAGCUCGAAUGGCCCAAGUACAAGGGCGUGGAGAACCGAUUCUGCCCGGCCGGAGUGUAUGAAUACAUUGAGGAUGAGACCAAAGACGUUGGCGUUCGCUUCCAAAUUAACUCGCAAAACUGCAUUCAUUGCAAGACUUGCGAUAUCAAGGUCCCUGACCAGGACAUCAACUGGACGACCCCUCAAGGAGGCGAAGGUCCCAAGUAUGUCCUCACGUAAAAGGGAAAAAAUAUUUCCAUGAAUUAUAUUCUCAACGAAUUUUGGUUUCUCCUUUGGACGGUGGUGCGAGCAAGCGUUCAUCCCUGCGUGCAUGUUCUUUUCUUUCAUACAUUUGCGUUCUAUCCUGAAUUUACUCUGCUGCACUGGGCCGGUUUCAUGCGAGCGAGAAAAGUAUUUUGAAUUAUGAUUUGGGAUUGAAUUGAAUGUACAUGUAUAACUAUUUCCCUUAUAUCUACGUAUACGAGAUACCAUCUUCAACAGAAUCAAACCUCUGUUUAGCUUAUGAUAGCCAAUCUUGACAC